CUCGCUUUCCCGUCCGUUCAUUCUACUUGCCUUCUCCGGCAACUCUUCUCCUCCUUCUUUUCUCAGUUUCUCCUUCCCUUCGUCAGCUCAUAGUUACAGUCUUCACGGCGAUUCUUCUGAUUCUGAUUCUGAUUCUGGUCCUGGGAAGUGGGAAGUUCAUCUCCAAUUCUCGUAGCUCUUUGUUCCUUCAAAAUUCCCUGGGAAUCCUUCGCGUUUGGGUAGACGAGGAAAAAGAGUCGAGUGGCUGCAUUCAGAAAUUGGUAGCUUCUGUAAUCUUACGCUGGACUGAAACUUGAUUUAUUGAGUGUGAGUGACUGGGGAGGGGAAAUGGGGUUUGAAGAGUUCGAACCCAUUUACGGCGAACCGAAAGCAGAAUGGGGGAAGAGCUCCGACUUCGGACGUUCUGCUGUUCCUCUCCGGAGAUUCUUGAUGCAUGUUUUCGCUCCUGACUACUAUCACCUCAAGAUUCAAGCAACCGAUUACAGCUCCAACACUUUUGAAGCUAAUAAGUCCAUCUCGCAGCUGAAAGACUUGGUAAGCCUCUUGGGAAAUUUAUAAUAACCCCUUUCCUUUCUGCUCUUUCAAGUUGAUUUCGUGGCGGGCAGUUUUCGUCAUUUCCCCCCCUGGUUGUUUUGGCAGCAAGAUAGCAUUGGAAUUGGUGGCUCAUGGUCUGAGUUUGUGGACUACUUUAUAUCUUCACUUAAAUCUGAAGAUGUCAAGCUUGUUCUGGAGAAGUAAUCGGGUGGUGAUGGUAACUGAAAUCGAUUUUUUGGUUUAGAGUACUCAGAAGUUUCAGUCUUGCUGCUGAUGUAAAUGUGCUGUGGUUGAACUUCUUUUUGGUUCAGGUGCUGCAUCGGCAAGAUUGGUUUCUCAGAAAACAAAAGGGAUGCCUUUGAUCUCCAUUUCUCUCAGGAGAGUUUUGGACUGUGAUGCAAAUGAUGUCAUGGCAGAUCUCUCUUUUGGGCUCUUCAAGACGCUCAAGUGUCCUCCAAAGAUGACGAGACAAGGUCAAGGGGAAGGGUAUUCUUCGCAGUUGAUGAAAGGAGUAGCAACAGAUGAAAAGCAAAAGAACCAACUCGAGAGCCAAUUGGAAAAGAGGCAGAAACUGGGAAAUGUGGAUGCUUUCAACAAAGAAGGUGUUUCCAGCAAUGGCUCACAUAAUUCGCCAGACAAGCAAUCAGCUCGAGCUACUGCAGCACCAAAGAAAGUUAUCAAUCGCGUUGUGCCAGCACAUCGCAGGACAGGAGUAAGGGGUGCUCUUAUAGGCGAUGCUGAAGAUGACGACGAAGAAAGUUAAAAUAGCAAGCAGAGGAUUAAAAGAGUAAUCUCCUAACUAAAUUGUAUCAAACACCAGCAGAUUUUGAAUGAUAGUUUUUGUAAAAAAAAAAAAAACAAAUUCUUGGAUUACAGGCUAUAUACAAUGUAGGCGUCCGAUGUCGCUAGUCGAUCCAAAUUGUCCCAGUGGCCAACUGAAAGUGACUAUUUGGAGGGGUUAAGGCCAGCUGAUUUGCUGGAGUUUCUGGAACUUUAAAAUGAGAAUGUGUUGUGUCACUUCGAGUGGUUAUGUUAUGUAUGGUUAUAAAGAUUAUGAGACUGCUGGUACUUAGUUGAAGGGAUUAAUGGGAUAAUGUAAUCUAAUUUAGGUAGUCUGAAGGCUUUGGGAAAUGCCUUUUGUUAGUCUAAUUGCAUUUGGUUUAAUUUAAAGAUGGUUGCUUAAUUACCUUAUUAUUUAGACUUGUUAUGCACUAAUUCUAUAUGAAUACUCACUUUGUCUUAGUAGUGACUAGUUGAGAUUUUGGCUCCUAAACAAAGAUACUGGAAACUGAAAAACAUAGGAAAACUGAAUAGAAGUUUUCCCAUUUCAAUACUGAAUAAAAAAUCUGGGAGUUU